AUGGUUUGCGACAAAUGUGAAAGUAAAUUAUCAAGACUCAUAUCGCCUGACGUAUGAAAAGAAAGCCAGCCAAAGCGAGGCCUCGCCACAAAUAUGAUAUUAUCUUCAAGAGCAAAAUACAGAGUCAACCCAAUUGGCACAAAAUGCCGAAUUUGCCAAAAAAGUGUCCUUGAUCAGCACCACUAUUGCCAGAGGUGUGCGUUUGACAAAGGAAUUUGCAGCGUAUGUGGGAAGAAAAUCAUGAUAAAGGAAUAA